AUGUCUCAAGAAAUGGACAAAAUCGAUGACGUGGUGACGUCUCCGACCAGCGAUCCCGGCUCCAAGAGCUCCCUUGACGAAGAUGCCAUGAAUCUCGCGGCCAUGGGCUACAGCCAGGACAUGAAACGCAAGUUCUCGUUGCUGUCGUUGCUCGGGGUAGGCUUCUCACUGACCAACUCGUGGUUCGGCAUGUCUGCCUCCCUGGUCACGGGCAUUCCGUCUGGCGGGCCGCUGUUGGUCAUGUACGGCAUCCCGUGGAUUGCGUUCAUUUCCAGUUGUGUGGCGAUAACACUCUCUGAGCUGGCGAGUUCUAUGCCCAAUGCGGGAGGCCAGUACUUCUGGGCAAACGAACUGGCAUCCCCCAGAUAUGCGAACUUCGCGUCCUACCUGACCGGUUGGUUCGCGUGGACAGGGAGUAUCUUCACCUCUGCUAGUGUUGCGCUCGGAUUGGCCGCUGCAGGCGUUGGAAUGUGGCAGCUUGGGCAUCCUGACUUCGUCAUCGAAGCCUGGCACAUCGUCGUCGCCUACCAAGUCAUCAACACCUGGUGCUUCCUCUUUAACUGCGUGGGCAGGUUACUCCCUAAGGUCGCAAUGACAACCCUCUAUCUGUCCCUCAUAUCCUUCACGGUAAUCCUCAUCACCGUCCCGUCCAAAGCGCCCACGCACCAGGAUGCCAAAUUCGUCUUUGCGACCUUCAUCAACAACACGGGCUGGAAAUCCGACGGCAUCGCCUUCAUCGUCGGCUUGAUUAACCCCAACUGGGUCUUCGCUUGUCUCGACUCCGCCACCCAUAUGGCAGAGGAGGUCGCUAGUCCCGAGCGAUCCAUCCCCAUCGCCAUCUGCGGCACCGUCGCUAUCGGCUUUACCACCGCCUGGUUCUACUGCAUGGCCAUGUUCUUCAGCUUGAGCAAUUUCGAAACUCUCAUCAGCACGCCAACCGGCGUGCCCAUUCUCGAGCUCUUCAACCAAGCCCUGGGCAGCAAGGCCGGUGCCAUCGCCUUGGAAUCCCUGGUUCUCUGCACCGGCUUUGGAUGCCAGAUUGCCUCCCACACGUGGCAGUCGCGGCUGUGCUGGUCCUUUGCGCGCGAUCGCGGCCUCCCGUUCCACAAGUACCUGUCAAAAAUCCACCCCAAGCUCGACGUGCCCAUCGCGGCGCAUGCGUUCAGCUGUUUCAUCGUCGGCGCAUUGGGGCUGCUCUAUCUCGGCUCCUCCACCGCCUUUAACAGCAUGGUGACUGCGUGCAUUGUCCUGCUGUACAUCUCGUACGCGAUCCCGAUUACUGCGUUGCUCAUCCGCGGGCGGAAUAACAUCAAGCGCGGUCCGUUCUGGCUGGGGAAAUUCGGCCUCUUUGCGAACAUUAUAGUUCUUUGUUGGACGGUGUUCACCGUUAUUAUGUAUUCGUUCCCCUCAGUUUAUCCCGUCGAGACGUCCAACAUGAACUACGUUUCCGCAGUCUAUUUUGUCGUCGUCGUCAUCAUCAUUGCCGACUGGUUUCUGCGUGGACGACGCGAGUACCGUGGCCAAGGAGAGCGCCACGGGGAGGCGGAAGAGAUCCUAAACAGGAAGGCAAACACUAUCCGAUACUUGCUCGACUCUUCAGUGGAAGGCACUGCAAUUGGUCACCAUGUGAAGUCCCAUUAA